AUGGCAUUUCUGCCUCAGCAUGCUGUAAAUGGCAGCGUCGGAAGUCCCAUUCAACGGAGGAACAAAGGCUCGCCCUACGCUGCGACGCCGAGUGACCAUCCAGAAACCCCCCAUCUGCGAUACGCGAAACCAGGAAGAGCCGCUCAAGCAUGCAGGAAAUGUCGACGUCUGAAGAUGCGCUGUGUCAUGUCUGCCGACAGCUCGACAUGCCGCCGCUGCGAAAGACUCGGACAAGUAUGCGAAUUCCGUCAAGACGAUCAAGCGAAGACAACAGGCACCGGCCACCGUCGUGAUCGAGCUCUGUCCUCUCCUCGCCUCGACGAUCACAAUGGAAACUAUGCAAAUCAAGCUUCUGCAGUCGGCACAGACAAUUUUGGCGCUUUCAAUCCGGCUACAAGUUUCCCUUCCAAUAUAACGUUUUCUCUCGCAACGAGUGACAAUCAACUCAAUGCCGCUUGUGGUCACCAUACUCUUUUGCACGAAGAGCGGAUCAUAUCAGACGCAGGCGAUCUGCCAUCCAUUUAUUCGACAUCUCCAGUCUCCGCAGUCGUUGGGAAUAAUGACUCCUAUAGUCACAGCAACUCGAUGAACGAAGCAAUGAUUCAGACACCAAGCAUGGGGGGUGACCUUACUGAGUCGGAUGCAAGGGUUAAUGCCCGAUCGAAGACGAAGGCACAGUUACCCUUGUCCAGGCGUGAUAUCAGGGAAUUCAUUCACAUAUUUCGUGAACGGAUUGUGCACUUCAUCCCAGUCUUCUGCAAGGAGGAUUUUGAUGCAGAAACCCUCCUCGACAAGCAUCCGAAUUUAGCCUACUGCAUCUGUUAUGUAACCUCCUUCUUCCUUGCUGGUGGCACUUCCACAGCAAACGCGCUUCGGGGCCUGGUCUCGGAGUUUGUUCUUGAGAAGUGCACCAACCCCAUUGGCACUUCAGCUGAAAAUCUUCAAGAUUUCUGUGCUUUGCUAAUACUCUAUGCGUACGCCCGACCUCCGCCAGCUAACACAGCCACCUGUCACCCAAUGCCCACUUCAGUGCUCAAGGCGUUGGUCGAGGGACAUGCUAUCAAUAUUGGCAUUCAUCGAUCCGUCGAAGGCGUGAAGGCAGACUUGAUAUCUGGUAGAAAAGACAUCAAUAAGACAAUAGAGUAUAAAAAGUACAUCUAUUGGCUCUGGCUGUAUACGAUGGCUCACCACACUGCCAUUCUAAACAGCAGUCCUCCGAGCAUUCGAGGCGAUGCUUCCAUCCGUAUCGCCACAAGCCUCCUGGCCGGAAUUGACAAAUCUUCUCGGACAAGCAGGAUUCUUGGGGAGGUCGAAUUGUGUUUACUGUGGGAGAAGGCGAGCACGCUAGACUGUCGCCUAAGUGAAUGGUGGUGUGCUCCUGAAAGCCUCGAAAGCCUGGAUUGUUCCCCCUCUGCCGCACUGGAAGUUGCAGAGAUGGAAAUUCAAGCCUGGUGCAAUAAAUGGAACGCAUUCAUAGCCCGAGGAGGAUUCGGACUCGGACUCGACUUCCACUUUCGAUAUGCGAGAUUCUGCAUCAUCAGUUAUACCCUUCGGUUUGUCCAAGGAUCAGCUGGUAAUCUCAGCGGCAGCGAAAGAGAAUCUGUCAAGCAGUGCGUGCAAUAUGCUCUUGACAUCAUAGAAUGGGCAUUGCAUCUUUCCCCGGUCAGCAAGGACGCCUUGAGAUAUAUGAGUGAUUUUGGUUUCGUCAUGAUCGCGUUCGUGGCAUUGUUUGUGGUACAGGUGCAUCAACAUGUCAAGCCCGUAUACUCCGAACUGAAGGAUGUCUUGGAUCGAGUUGAGGCACUGUCAGAAUUGAUGGCUGAUCUCGCAUUCAGUCCCAACCACUGCACUGCCCUGCUUGCGCGUUCUCUGAGACGGCGUGCGUUGCAAAUACGCCAACAUGAGCUCGGAGAGUCUCAAGGUGGAAACGUUCAGGGUGGUGCUCACGAGCCUGACCUCAACUCCGGUCCGCAGGUGGAGGAGGCAGAAACCGUUCCGGUUAUCCACGUUAGUCGGGUCGAGGAAGCUCUAGUCUCGGACGGUUUUCUGAGCGAUCCAUCUCAAUGGGACCCAACAGCGUGGUUGACGGAAUUCCUCAACGACACAACAGAAUGGAACGUUCCAUAG